UUGCAGCCAUCCUUUCUAUGGAAGAACCCUGUAGUGAAUUUGCUUUCGUUGUGCUGAUUUGGAUCUGAUAAAAGUAUACAAAAAAUCGCUAAUUCUUUGGGCAAAAAAGGCGUAAAACUAGUUACAUUCGUUACUGUUAAUGAUGAGACAUUGAAUUUUGGUAGAAGACCUUCUGUUUUAUAAGGUGGUGUUGUUUUCGGAUCUCUGGAAAAAAUCUGACGUUCAAAAUGGAUGACGAAUUGCGAAUUUGCAAAAUAUGAAGCGUUUACUUAUUUUAUUAGAUUACUACGAUAAUAAGUGCUUUAAAUUAUAGUGAUCUAAAUUGUUCUAUCACAAAAAUUGUGUUUUUGAUUCAAAUUAACUAGAAGCAACCGUGUCUACGAUAUAAAGCAAUUUUAUACACUCCAGAAAUUAAUGUACAAGUGCUAUAUUAAUAAAUUGGAAUAAACUAUUUUAGUAAAUUGUAAAUCAUUGUCGAAAAUCUGGCAUAUUCUGUCAUUUGUGAACAUUUUGUUCAUAAAAACGCACACGAGUAAUUUUUCCAAAGCAUGCAGCAACAUUACCAAUACAUUGAAAUAAGAUGUAAAUAAAGUGAUGUGAUCUUAUAAUGGCUAAUAGUUUUGGUGAAAUUAAAGAAAAAUAUUAACCAGCGCUCAAUACAAAUGAAAUUUCUAUAACUCGAGAGUAUUUUGGAUAAAUAUAACAGAGAUUUGCUUCAAUUCAGAUGAUAGUAAACGAGUGAAAGUUUCUAAUUACAGGAACUUUGAGGAUAUAAUUUGUUUUUCAAAUAGCGCAAUAUUGUAAUCGGACAAGGAUGGCAUACUACAAACCAACUGAUAUUGAUGGUUUCAUAACACAAAUGACAAAAACUGAUAUGAGAGUCAAGGCGCAACUAGCAGAAGACUUAGUACUGUAUCUGAAUGACUCUGAAAAUUCAAUAGAGUGUGUGGAUCUUGGUUUGCUUAUAGACGGACUGAUACCUUGGAUGGUGGGCAGUCAUUUCAAGAUCGCACAACGUGCCCUAGAAGCAUUCACCGAACUUAUCGUACGUCUUGGACAAGAUUUUAGCGCUUACACAUCAACAAUUCUGCCACAUGUAAUAGAUCGCCUAGGAGAUAGUCGCGAUACAGUCCGGGAGAAAGCACAACUUUUACUGCACAAAUUGAUGGAAUGUAGAGUAGUUCCACCACAAUCAUUAUUGGAUAAGCUAACUGUUUGUUUCAAGCAUAAAAAUGGAAAAGUUCGUGAGGAAUUUUUGCAGACCAUUAUAAAUGCUUUGAACGAAUAUGGAACUCAAUCUCUGUCGGUGAAAACGUACAUUCAACCGAUCGUGGUGCUCUUAGGUGAUCCAACACCUACGGUUCGAGAUGCUGCAAUUCAAACCCUGGUGGAAAUAUACAAGCAUGUUGGAGAUAAACUGAGAAUUGAUCUUAGAAAAAAGGAAGUUCCACCAACAAAAUUGAUGAUUCUUGAGCAGAAGUUUGACGAAACGCGGAAUGAUGGUUUAUUGCUCCCUUCAGCGAUGAAUUCAGCUGUCACCAGUGAUGACGUUGAUGCCACAGCAAUAACAAGACCAACGAGGUUGGUAAGACGAACUCCAUCGGCCACCCCUCGCAAACCCUUAUUUGAAACGCAGGGUUCAGGUGAUUUGCUUGCAGCCGGAGCAGUAUCAGGAGAGAUAUUUGAAUGCUCGUUUGAAAAUGUUCCACAAUUGACCAUAUUUUCGCAACGCGAUAUGGAUGAUCACAUGAAAUCAAUAAAUACAUUAAUAGGAGACAAGAAUGUAGACUGGGAGAAGCGAGUUGAAGCGCUGAAAAAAAUUCGUUCGUUAUUAUUGAUCAACGUUCAAAGUUCACCUACAUUCACACAGCAGUUGAAAGACUUGUCCAUAGCAUUCCUAGAUAUUUUGAAGGAACUAAGAUCACAGGUUAUUCGCGAAGCAUGUAUUACCCUUGCAUACAUGAGCAAAACGUUGAAAAAUCGAAUUGAUCAAUUUGUCAUAUAUAUUCUACAAGAACUGAUCAAUUUAAUCCAAAAUGCAGCAAAAGUUAUAUCAUCUGCUGGAACUAUUGCUCUGAAAUAUGUUAUAAAAUACACACAUGCCCCGAAACUAGUACCAAUAAUUACCCAAAAUCUUAUGCAGUCGAAAUCCAAAGAUAUUCGGAGCACACUAUGUGAGGUUAUGAUCCUUCUGUUUGAAGAAUGGCCCACAAAGGCACUAGAAAGAAAUAGUCUUCUAUUAAGAGACGCAUUGCGUAAAGGAAUCGCUGAUGCGGAUAGUGAUGCAAGAAGACAUAGUCGAUGUGCGUUUUGGUGUUUCCGUCGGCACUUUCCGGAUCUUGCAGACAAUCUGUACUCUUCAUUGGAUCCAGCAACACAGCGAACAUUGGAGAAAGAUCGUGAUAUCGUUUCGACUAAUGGUACCAACUCAUUGAGUGUUAGUCUGCGUGGCAGCAAUAGUAGCUUAAACUCUGUUUCUGGUGGGGUGAUAAAACGUAGACAAUCUUCAGGACUCAGAAGUCCAGCAUCUGCACAUCCUCCAGCAAGUGUUAGUACAGAAAACUUAUCGUCUGCUUCCACUCAAUCAACUCGACUGCAACGGACGCCAUCGUUACCACGCUCCUAUUCUCGUAACCGUAGCGGAAUUCCAAUAGCGUACCGAGAUCAGCCGCCAGUGGCAUUACGAGCUGGUUUGCGCAGUAUUUCGGCUGUUGAUACAGCUGCCGCCCAAAGAGCUCGAGCACGAGCACAGUAUUCAAACAUGGCACGCAUGAAAAUAUCGUCAGGAACUGCAUCCCUGCAAGGGCAGUAUGCUCAACAAGCCCGAACAAAAAAGGUACCAACGCAAACUGCCACUCCACAUCAACCUUCAACUCCUGAGCGAAAAAUACGAUCUAGAUCAGGCGUGUCGCAAUCUCAACCAACAUCGAGAAGUACUUCUCCUUCAAGUAAGCUACGUGAUAAUUUUGGCAUUCCAUCGCUUUAUAAACAGACUGGCACUGUUCCAAAAAAAACUUCGGGCAUUCCUCGCUCGCUGGCGAACUCUCGUGAAACGAGUCCUACGAGAGGGACACAAUUCGGAUCAUUACGCCGCAAUGUAUAUGGCACUAGCAGUCCCAGACGAUUGGAUAGGCCCCCUUUAAAUCCAGGGAGGCCCGUACUUGCACAAAAAAUAUUACAGCAGAGCAGGGAAGCAGAAACUGCUCUCGCAGAUGCACUGUCUCCGGAUGACCAUGAUAUUUCAGCAGAAUUCGGUCGUUUAGGUCUUCAUAGAAAACUUUCGCGUGACGAAUCUGACGAAAGUGAAGCUUCGUCAGUUUGUUCUGAAAGAAGUUUUGAUUCAUAUAGAAGAGGGAACGAUUCUUUUUCAUGGAAUGGAUCACGAACACGUCUUGACAGUUCACGACAAAUGGUUGAUGAUAUUGAAACUAUCAUUCAGUUGUGUGCGUCAGCGCACUGGUCUGAGCGCAAGGAUGGUCUCAUUAAUUUAACUCAAUACCUCAGUGAUGGAAAAAUGUUGAGCCCACAUCAAUUACAGAAUGUUCUGGACCUCUUCCGUAAGAUGUUCAUGGAUCCCCACAUAAAAGUUUACGCUCUGUUUCUGGACACAGUCAAUGAGCUAAUCCUAUCACACUCAAAUGAUCUACAUGACUGGUUGUUUAUUUUGCUGACACGUUUGUUCCAGAAGUUAGGUGGAGACUUGUUGGGAUCCAUGCAUGGAAAAAUAUGGAAAACUCUUCAGUUGAUAUACGAGUAUUUUCCAGCGGAUCUUCAAAUGCAGUGCGUGUUCAGGAUCCUAGUUGACGCUGCUCAGACACCGAAUAUAAAAACGCGCCAAGCUACGUUAAAAUUUUUAACUACCUUAGCAACGACGUACUGUACCGCAGCACAAUUUGUUACGCAUAGCCAAAUCCAACAGUUAGUUGAUCGAGCGAUACUCAAAAUCAUCCAUACGGCACUUGAUCAAAAAAGUCUCGAGUUGAAAUCUCAAGCACGCUCUUGUAUAGUUGCUUUAUACAACUGCAAUCCGUCUCAGAUGACCAUGACUUUAGCUAAUCUAUCAAAGCAGUAUCAGGAUACAGCUAAAGCUAUCAUCCAACAGCACAUGCGACGAAGUACCUCAGGAACAGAUAGUCCUUCAUCACCAUUAUCGUCUUCAAGUCCUAAGCCGUUAUUAAGUCCACAACAGGGACCGUAUAGUUUACAGAGCAUUUCUAUUCCGAGAUCACGACAGACAUCGUUAGACGUUGUAGAUACAAUGAAUACCGAAGAAAUUUACAAAAACUUACGGAAAACAACAGCUGAAAUCCAAAACUACAGCUUUGAAGCAAAAUUGGACAGAGACGCGAAUAGUAAAGACUCCGGAAUAAGCCAAAUGGGAGAGUUACAAAUGCAAAAUAUGGAUGUUUAUUCGUUACCAUCGAAUGGUCUGAAUGGGCAUGUUGGAAUGGAAAAAGAUGAUUCAUGCAACGGAUCAAAAACUCAAUCUGCCACAACCACCGAAUCUAACACUCCUGAGAAUACUGUAAGGAUUGAUGGAAACGACACUGGCUUCAAAUCUCAGUCACUACAGCAACGCUGUCACGGUUGUACUGUAACAACUACUGGUGAACUUGUAUUGGAAUGUGGUACUAAGGAAAACGAUGUCAUAAAAGCAGCAAUUGUGCUAUCCCACGAUACAAAUUCAGAGUUGGUAGUUCAGGUUUUGGGAAAUCUACAGCUUUGUAUCAAACACGGAGACUGCGAACUACCAAUUAAAAACUUCAAAGCCAUUAUGAAAAUGUUGCUGAACUUGAUGGAAUCACAGAACAACACAGUAUUGAUUGCAUCACUGCACACGCUAGGACGAAUUGUACGUAGUUCAAACAUGAAAUCGUGCUGGAGCAAUUUUUUGGAAUUGAUCCUAUUGAAAAUCAUAGAUUGCUAUAAAAUCAGUAAAGAGGUUUCUAGGGAAAUCGACCUAAUUGUUGUGAAAAUAGCAAAUGUAUUACCUCUCGAUGUAUCUGUAAAUAUACUGAAUCCAGUAAUCGCGACAGGAGAUUUUCCGGCAAACCUUUGCGCACUGAAAAUUCUCAAAGAAUUGGCACAUAAGCAAGGGAAAGAUCUGACAGAUAAUCAUUUAGAUAACAUUAUGCCAAACAUAGCUAGGUUAGCUGAUGACGGCCAAUCGAUGGUGAGAAAAGCGGCAGUAUUUUGUAUGGUUGAGCUUUACAUUGUCAUGGGCGAAGAGAAAGUCAAACCGAAGUUUGCUCUUCUCAAUGCGAGUAAGAUAAGAUUGUUAAACGUGUACAUUGCGAAAGCGUUAGGCAACAACAGUAAAGGAUCUAUAUCAUGAUCAAAAGCCAUGUGAUGGUUGGUUGGACUCAAGUUUGCUAAAUUCAUCUGUAAAUUUGGUAGACACAUUUCGAUUAUUUAUGAAUAAUAUUUAUUGAACAUUUUUCUUUAAAAUGCAAUUUUGUUCUUUUCGUUCAUAUAUUAAAAGACUUGUUGCUACCGGUAGCAAUCAAUUUAACUUUUUUAAUAAAAUAACCUGAAUGGAAUUUACGAAUUUUAACUUAUUUGGUAUACAGUAAUAUACCGGUACUUAACCGAGUAUUCUACCAUUGAUAUUGUUUAUAGAAAAGGGUGUUUCGCCAGACAAUUACAUGUAUGAUAUAGUUUUCUUGAAACCUGAUGUAUCUUAUAGGCGUAUCGUUAUUUUCAAUGGAUUAAUUGUUAUGUGAACACAUGUAAAAUCAAUCAGUGUACAUUAUGGAAGCAACUGUUGGGGCCGAAAAUGUUUUAUUGGUUAUUGUAAUUUUAUGAAACAUUAUAGGAUUCUCGCAAUUAUUUUCAAUUUUGACAGUAUAGAAUAGGAUACGCUUUAACUAUAAAUCAAACAUCCAGCGGCUAUCCGGCAUUUCUAGUCGCCUAUCAAUAAGGCAUUAUUAACUAUACUAAUAAAUUGCAUUAAUUUGAGAGUU